AUGGAUAAAGGCAGCAGCGGAGCAGAAAUGGCCGGGACGGUGAUUUCUUUCAAAUUGAAAGAGGCCUCGAGCUGGUGGCACGAUAUUAAUGAAUCACCGUUCUGGCAAGAUCGCAUCUUUCAUGUCCUGGCCGCCCUCUACGGUCUCGUCGCCGCCGUUGCUUUUAUUCAAUUGAUAAGGAUACAAUUGAGAGUUCCGGAAUAUGGCUGGACUACGCAGAAGGUUUUUCAUUUUCUCAACUUCCUCGUGAAUGGGGUUCGAUGUCUACUAUUUGUUUUUCGCCGGAAUGUAGAAAGCAUCCAUCCACCGAUUUUCCAACAUAUCCUCCUGGAUUUCCCAAGUCUGGCAUUCUUCACCACAUAUGCGCUUCUGGUUCUGUUCUGGGCAGAGAUUUACUACCAGGCACGUGCGGUAUCUACUGAUGGACUCAGGCCAAGUUUCUUUACAAUUAAUGCGGUGGUUUAUACCAUUCAGAUUGCUAUGUGGUUGGUGUUGGCUUGGAAAACUAUUCCAACUGUUGCCAUCCUAUCAAAGGUGUUCUUUGCAGGUGUGUCUUUGUUUGCAGCUCUUGGUUUUCUACUCUAUGGUGGAAGGCUCUUCUUAAUGUUGCAGCGAUUCCCUGUGGAAUCCAAAGGGAGGCGUAAGAAAUUGCAAGAGGUUGGCUAUGUAACCACCAUAUGUUUCUCAUGCUUCCUUGUUAGAUGCAUUAUGAUGUGCUUUAAUGCAUUUGAUAAAGCUGCAGACCUUGAUGUGUUGGAUCAUCCAGUUCUAAACUUCAUAUAUUACUUGCUGGUGGAGAUUUUACCUUCUUCUUUGGUUCUUUUCAUUUUGAGGAAAUUGCCUCCAAAACGUGGUAUCACACAGUAUCAUCCCAUACGUUAAAAGAAUUGGAGGUAAGUGUAUGAUGGAAUGGAAUUCUCAAGAAUGGCUUAUAUGCUUCCAUUCACUUUGGAGAUGCUAUUGCCUAUCAUACUAAGACAAGACAAGGGAUAGCCAUAGUUGAGUUUUUGUUAUAUUGGAGUCUGCAAGCUAAUUUUAUGGGAUGUAAAAUGUCAAUUGUUCAUGGUAGGAGGCCAUGGAUGUGCUGAAAAAUCAUGACCUUCUAAGUACUUGACUGUGUUACAGUUAGUGUUCUAAUCUGUGCUGGCUGCAUGUCUUAUGCUUGGUGCUCUGUUGUUUCUAUAACUUUGCAAGCAACCACGCACAAGAAAUAGUGGAAAAAUUGUUUGUUGUGCCUUAGGCUUGUGCUGUUUCUUAUACUGGACCCGUCAAAUGUUCUUUGUUC